UGCUGCAUUCCACUUGGUUUGGGUGGAUGGUUCGGCACAAACUAAACACUUGGGAUUACGUGGAUAGGUGGAAUGUGCGUCCAUUAUGCUAAACAUUCAGAAUUCCACUUCUCAGUAGCACCAACUACAUUUUACAGUAUUUCUACUUGUAUGCUCUCUGAUUUUGAUCGCAUUCAACCAUAGUUUUUUCAUCAUUAAUUCCUUAUUAGCAUAAUAUCUCGAAAGAUAGUGAAAUUAUGUACUCUUGCAAAUUGCAAACCAUUUUUGGAUUAGAGUAAAAUGAGGCACCAUUGAGAAUCCAGGUAGAAUCCUUCCCCGAUAACAAUAUGCGAGCUAGCUCUAUCACCUGCUCCUUCCAAUUGCAUCCGUCAGCUUCACAAGCUCUAACAGGAGUGUAGUAACACAAACAUUUUAAUUAUGUGAUUUAAUUGAGCAAUUUUUAACAAGAGAAGGCUUCAUUGUAUCUGAAAUGGCACGCAGGUCUCUGACACUUGGAAGUAGCAAGCUAUCAAAGAGUUGGAAAGCACAAAACUGAUGGAAAUCAAGGAACAAACAGAUCAUAAACAUAUCUGUAGAUAUUCAGGUGAUUUUAGGUUGCUAAAGGCAAGGAUCAGGCCCGUCUGGAUCUGGCUAUGAGCCCAUUACUAGUUUGAAACUUCUAAAUAUAUCAGCAUUUUGUUUAUUUUUUGGUUACAGGUCAUCUAAGCACACAGGGAUUGAAAUACCUGGCAAGUCGACAAGGUAUAAAUUAAGGGACGAGGAUCAAAAUGGUACGUUAUUAGGAUAAUUCUCUUGAAUUUCAUUUUGAGCAUGUGACAAGAGUGGCAAGAUAGACAAUAUUCUAAAUCCUGAAAUUUCCAGGCAAUUCUAACUGUUUGAAAGUAUUUAAGAUCUUCUUCCUAUCUUCAAAGUAGAAACUAGAUUUGAUUCUGAUUUUUCUAAUUUUUUAUGUUCUAAAUCCACUUGCCAUACUUAUAUCUUGAUGCUUAAUUCCGUUUCAAGAAUUUCUAAGCAUCUUCUUAGUCUAUAAAAAUAAAAUUCAUACAUCCAAUUCUAUCCCUGGCAAAAUGGGGAUUCAAAUUUUAAUUUUAUUUCAGUAGUGGCCUUUGGUUAAGAUUAUAUUCUUUUACCUUUGCUGUGGCGUGUGGGGCUUAAGCUUUGCCUUUCUUGUAACUAAAGACCUGCAGACUCAAAACUUCCAAAUUCAAAUGUGCAAUUGCUUUCAUACCCUUUAUUAAAAAUUAAAAAAAAAAAAAACUACUGGGAUAUAAUUUUCAAUCCAGCAAAAACCUUAUCUUUAUAAAGUUAAAAUAUGCUUUCCAGACAUAAGGAAAGAACCUUGUCCUCGUACAUGUAUCUCAUUUUCUCAGAUAUAUAUAAAGUCAGAGAAGGGGUGGCAGCGGCUGAAUUCCCUUGUCGUAUUAAAACUAAAUAACCUUCGAUAGCUCAAAAAUUAAUACUUUCUCCGUCCUAUUUUACAUGUUCCUUUUGAUUUUCAAAAGAGACAUGUAAUUUGAGACGGAGGGAGUAGUUCUUGUUCUCGUCAAGGACGAAGAAGUGAGCUCUUUUUUAGCAUGCAUCUCAGUUUUUGAGCCCUAUCUAUUAUGCAGUUUCAUGGUAACCUAGGGGGUUUGUUUUACAAAAUAGCCUAUGUACUCUCUUAAAAUUGAAGUAGAAGUGUGACUUGCGACUCGCGUACAUAUUAUCAUCUAUGAGUGUGAUAAGAAUUGAGCUCGCGCCAUAGGGCCAGAACCCUAAACAUAUUCUUUUCUACAAGUUGAUCGUUCGGACAUGUCAAUUCAUAGACUAAACUCUGAAUCUCAGUUUGCUUAAUCUGUCUACUGUUUACCAGUUACUUAAUGAGUCGGCAAGAAGGCAACAAGUGAUUAUUCAAGUUAGAAUCUAUACCAUAUUCUCCAAGUUGUUGAAAAAAAGUAGGGGGAAAUACGCAAUAGGAAAUCCUGUAUCAAAAGCAAUGUGAUCAACAUUGGCCUAUUGCGCUAUCAUUUAUCAAAACUCACAUAAAGAACUGAAUGUAAUGUUUCUGUCAAUAUCAUUUCAUGGUCUGUUAGAAAAUGUAUAGUAGAACAAAGGAAUAAGUAAAAUAGUUGAUCUUAUUCGAAUAGAUUCUAACAAAUAUUGACUUAUCCAAAACUUCCUCGUGGGGAUUAUAGCUCCAUGGUUCUGCUCUUUCGUCAAGCAAUAGAGCCUAUAGUCAAACAAACACUAGUGGCAUUACUUGCCAAGUCAAAACUCAUCUGCUGAUACAUCUUCUUGGAAUGUCCAUAUAUCCAUGGAAUCAGGAUAGUUCGUUAUCCUUGGUAGAAAUAAGUCGCGAGGAUAUUGUAUUUUACAUGUGCGUGUGUGUCCAACAUAGACACGUGCCAGGACGAGGUUGGCCAUGGUGAUAUGCCAAGUUGGCUCUCGCAGAAUUUUGGAGGCAUGUAGUAUGAUCUUUAUAAAUACCAGUUACUCCAUCCGUUUUAUUCACAUCCUCUGCUCACUUCUUCUAGCUAUCUUUUGAGUUUUCUCCUUCAACUACAAGCUAUUACAUAUGGAGUUCACCAAGAAAGUAAUUACUGGUUCAUCUUCGUCUUCAUUUGUUGAUCUUUUUGGUCCCAAGGACUCUUCAACGCCUUCAUCUUCCGCGGGACACUUUAGCUCUGUCUUUGGUCCAGCUUCCACGGGGCUAGUUAGGGAUUUUUCUCCCUCUGGAUACUCACUACCAUCACAAAAUCAGAGUUCUGCUGGUGCAAGUGAAUAUGGCACCAUACAUUAUGAAAAUCGAGAUCACAAGGCUCCAAUAAACUAUGGUAAAGGUGGAAGCAUGCACAGCAAGGACAGGGGUACUAGCUAUCAGAAUGAAGUAGCAGAGCCUUGUAAUUUAAGCUCAUCAAUCCACUAUGGUGGUCAAGAGGUUUAUUCUCCGAGUGUCCAGUCCAAAAAUUCUCAUAGUGCUUUCAAGAAAGAUGGACGAGAUGAUGAUUCUAAUGGAAGCAAUCCGAACAGUGCUUCACGAGGCAACUGGUGGCAGGGAUCCCUGUAUUACUAGAGCCUUGUUGCGGUGUAUUUAAAUCAUCAUCCAUAAAUCAAGGCAAGCUGUGAUACUAUAUUACGUAGUGUGCAACAUAUGGACAGCUCCGAUAUCUAGCAAUCAGAGAGCCUUUUGUAGUUUUCUUCCAUUACCCUCUUUUUCCUGUAUUUUCCCUUCUGAGAGCCUUAUCAAUUGAUCUCAAGAAGUCUUGUAUAUCAUAUGAUUUCUUUAUAUGAGAGUUAAGUAUUUUCUCAA